AUGUUGGAUAGGCCCAUCAGAAAAGAAGCAAAAGUCACUUCAAAUCUGGACUGGACUCUGGAGGACACCGUACGGUUCGUACCGUUACGUCGUAGAGAAAAGAGCUCCCUUCAUAAAAUUCGCUGGAAAUCGAACUUGCUGCGAAGCCCAGCUUGCAGCCCUUCAGUAGUGCAGCACUCGAAGAACCAAACCAUGAUGCCCAACAGUAUCCCAAAACAACCUGCAGGGGGAAAUCCCUCCUCAACGAUCUCGCUUUUGGCGCUUUUGUUCCACGGCCUGAGGAAUUUGAGGGAGGGAGGGGCUUUCAGUGGGGCUGCAGACAAUGAAGAACAACCGCAAAGGAAUGGGGAAGACGGUACUAGCUCCCACCCCUCUCCACGAAGAAACAACGCUCCGCUAUCGAGAGCCUCCCUCCAAGCCAUCAUCACUGAAACCCUAAACUUGCUGGAAGAGGACUUGAGUGAUACUGACGAAGAGUCCAACUAA